AUGAGUCUCUCUGGGGCUAUGGAUGCCUCAUACAACCGCCUGUUCCAAUUGGAAAUUGCUCGGGCGUUGGCGGCACAGCUGGUCCUUGCAGUUGAGUACGUCCAUUCCCAGGGAUUCGUUCACGGAGAUCUUCACUAUGGAAAUGUUCUCCUCCAGUUGCCAUUUGACCUAAGCCAACUUUCUGAAGAGGCAUUAUACAAAAAGUACGGAGAACCGGAACUUGAAGCAAUCAGACGUUUCGAUGGGACACUCCUCCCACCGAAUAUCCCAUCACACGCCGUUUUACCAAUCUGGCUUGGUGAAGCAAGUGACAAGAUCAAACUCCCGGAAGCCAAAAUCCUGCUCAGCGAUUUCGGUGAGGCAUUCUCCCCUACCAAGCAACAGAGAUUUGAGUCCCAUACUCCGCUUGUGGGCCGACCACCAGAGGUUCGGUUUGAACCACAUAAGCCUCUGUCCUUCCCAUCAGACAUCUGGUCACUCGGAUGCUCUUUAUGGAAUAUGAUAGGUCAGAGCUCACUGUUUGAGGGCAUAUUUGCGACCGAAGAUAGCAUCACUUGCGAGCAAGUCGAUGCACUUGGUAUGCUGCCCCCGGAAUGGUGGUACAAGUGGGAGGGGAGACAUAGUAGAUUCACGGAAGAUGGGAAGCCGACCAAUCGGGACCCUUACCGGUCGUGGGAGGACAGAUUCGAACAAGAUAUGCAGCAGCCUCGACAGAGGAAAGGGAUGCCACUCAUUGAACCGGCCGAGAGGAAUGCUAUCUUCAAGAUGCUGAAGUCGAUGCUCAAAUUCAGGCCUGAGAAUCGCUCUACUGCGAAGCAAAUUCUCGAAUGUGAAUGGAUGGUCAAAUGGGCUUUGCCUGAGUACGAGAAGAUUCGAAGGAUAUGA